UGUGGUAGAUACAGCACCCCGCUCUCCGCGGGCCUCGGGGCCACCCGCGUCGAGCUUUUGUCCUAGCGAUCUCCACACCUCGCCCUCAACCUUCUCGCUUCUGUCCACGCCGUCCACGCCAUGUUCUUUCUACGCCAACUGACACACAACAUCCUUCUCCACCCCUCGUACUUUGGUGCGCAGUUGGAGGAGUAUGUGCGCCAGAAGCUGUAUGAGGACGUCGAGGGGACAUGCAGCGGUAAAUAUGGCUACAUCAUCUCCGUAGUCACUAUCAACGACAUUGGUGAGGGCAAGAUCAUGCCCUCGACCGGGCAGGCGCGCUUCAAGUGCGUCUAUACCGCCAUUGUGAUGAAGCCAUUCAAGGGCGAGGUAGUCGAUGGCAAGGUCGUCAUCGUCAACAAGCUCGGCUUCCUGGCUAUGGUCGGUCCCCUUGAGGUUUUUGUGGCAUAUCAACUCCUCCACGCGGACAUGAAGUUUGACCCCACGACAUCGCCCCACUCGUACCGCUCCGGCGACCAGGUGAUUACCAAGGGCACCAAGGUGCGCAUGGAGAUCGUGGGCUGCAAGAUGGAGGCGAAUGGCAUCUCGGCCAUUGGGACAGUGAAGAAGGACUAUCUCGGCCCCAUCGACGACGACGACACGGGCAAGGACAUGUUCGUCUAAGUCGCGACCAA